AAUCAACUGUAUCUGUCCCAAAGUAAAACCUUCCGCUCGCCUCGGCUGACAGCGUCCGUCGCGUGUGAAUGGCCGCAACAGACACUGUGAUCAACCACCCAGUAUCCUCAACGUCACCUGCAUGUGGACAAACAGCUGUUGCGUAUCACCAGAGCAUUUUACCCAUCCAGCCUUUUCAGCCUAGUUCUAGUUCUUAUUCAUUAUCUCAAACCAAACCAAAACCAGCUAUUGAGACAAGAAAGAAAAAAAAAGGGUAUAGAGUACCCUACGUGUACAAGACAAGCAUUAGCAGGUAAAAAUCCGGCGCCAUUCUUACUGCAAGCCAAACCAGAAUCCGAGCGAAACCGCCCCCUUAUUGUACCGUGCCAGCAAAAAGCCUACAGACCAAACCGGCCAGCCUCACCCAACCGCGAAAAAAAAGGCUUCGGACUUUUUUUGAUCGUCGUCCGAUACCCAAACCCGACCGAACUCACCCUCUUCUUGUCCCCGUUUUGCCCAAUAUUCCCCCCGAUGGCUGACCUGGACUCCGCGGCCGGCCCGACAUGGGAUUACAUCGCCAAGCUGGUGUGCAUCGGCGACUCGGGAUGCGGCAAGUCGAGCCUUACUGUCCGGCUCUGUGAGGGCCGCUUCGUUACGCACCACGACGUGACCAUCGGGGUUGAGUUUGGGAGCCGCGUCGUCCCCGUGGGCCCGCCAUACAGCCGGAGGUUAGCAGCGGCGUCAACGUCGUCUUCGUCGUCGUUACACUCCCGUCCCGCAACGGCAGACGCAAACGCCACGCCGUCGGCCACGGGCGGCCUGCCGGCACCGCCGAGGCCCCCCGCACCCGACCCUCCGCAGAAGCACAUGAAGCUGUCGCUGUGGGACACGGCCGGGCAGGAGACGUACAAGUCGGUGACGCGCUCCUACUUUCGCGGCGCGUCGGGCGCCCUGCUCGUCUUUGACCUGUCGCGCCGCCAGACCUUUCAGCACGUCACUGACUGGCUCAACGACCUCCGUCAGAUCGCCGAGGAGGACAUCGUCGUCGUCCUGGUCGGCAACAAGGCCGAUUUGACGCGUACCAGCAGUAGCGGCGGCGCCGAGGGCGAGUCAGCUGCCGACGAUGUGCCUAACAAGCGCGAGGUAACGCGGGAGGAGGCUGAGGCUUGGGCUAAGCGGAAUAAUGUCCUCGAGUACGUUGAGACGUCGGCCAAAAGCGGCGAGAACGUCGAGAUGGCGUUCAUGCGUGUCGCUGAGCGCAUCUUUCAAAAUAUAGAGGCUGGAAAGUAUGACCUGAACGACAGGCGGUCAGGCGUCAAGGGUCCUGCCGCCACUGUGCCUGGGGCGAGGACGCUUCAGCUGCAGCCUGACCCGCGGAAAGGUUCGAGCUUUGGCUGCUGUUGAUCAUUAUAAAACCUGGGGGAUGUAUAUGACGCAGACGGAACCAGGCUAUUCGAUAUGGCUCGAGUAUCCUAGACUACAGCUAUAGUUUGUUCCGUUCACGUAGAUUAGUGGCACGGUGCGCAUGGACAGCGGUUCUCUCACGCAAGAUAUCCAUCACGUCCUAGUUUGCCAGCUGGCUCAAAGCAUGUAUAUCUAAAAAUACGUUAAUUUAUAAUGAGAUCAUGAGCGCAGAAACUGGGAUCCAUAACACUCGAAAGAAAUCAAGACAUGAGCCUCAAGUCAACAAAUGAAAAUCCGGGGCUUUGUAUUAAUCUG